AUGCAGAGGCGGCACUUACGGCAGAGGACGGGGCGCCAAAGGAAGCAGAGGCUGCGGCGCAGCAGAAGGUGGGUGCAGAGGCGGUCAAGAGUGCGGAGGCAGUCGCGCGUAAAGAAGGCGGGUGCAGCAGCAGAGCUGACGUCGGAGGCAGUCGAGCUGCAGGUGGUGGAGGCAGUGGCGCAGAAGGAAUCAGAGGCAACGGCGAGCCAGAAGGAUGAGGCAGCGGCGCAGCAGAAUGAUGAGGCAGACGCACAUAAGGAAUCAGCGGCAGCAGCGCAGCAGAAGGAUGAGGGUGCGGCGCCCAGGAUGGUUGAGGCAGAGGCGCAGAAGGAAUCAGAGGCAGCGGCGCAGCAGAAGGAGGAGGGUGCGGCGCCGAAGAUGGUUGAGGCAGAGGCGCAGAAGGAAUCAGAGGCAGCGGCGCAGCAGAAGGAGGAGGGUGCGGCGCCGAAGAUGGUUGAGAGGCAAGCGGCGCAGCAGAAGGAGGAGGGUGCGGCGCCGAAGAUGGUUGAGGCAGAGGCGCACAAGGAAUCAGAGGCAGCGGCGAGGCAGAAGGAUAAGGCAGCGGCGCUGCAUAUGGAGGAGGCAGACGCACAUAAGGAAGGAGAGGCUCGGAAUAAGGCAGAAGCAGCGGCGCGGCAGAAGGCGGAGGCAGAGGAGCAGAAACAGGCUGCGGAAGAGGCACUACAACUGGCUCGGGCAGAAGCGCGGAAGAAGGCGUUGUAG